GAAGAAGAGCACAGGUAGGAGACACGCGCGCAGUUCCCACAGGUAAGAGGAGGGGGGAGGGGUCUCUUCCUGACUCUCCACUCACAUUAUUGGCCCACAACAAAGCGGGGGGGCCUGCUGCCCUCACCUGUACCUGCGCGAAGGUGUGCCACUGGUAGUCAUCGUCCGACUCCGAAUCGCCUGGAGACACUUUCCCGUCGUCCAGCAGGAAGAGGUAGAAGUCGGCCAGGGCAGCUGGAAGCUGACCGAGGGACUGCAACAAGACGCCGAGCAUGGAGUCGAUCACGGCCUGGAGCGAGGAGACAGUCUGCCAGUGGCUCCAAGGUCUAGACGCACCCUUGCAUCGGUAUGCCGUCUCGGAGUGGCAUCUCUCCGGGAUGGAUCUGCUCCAGUUGACCGCAGAGGACCUGGAGAGGCUGGGGGUCACCAAGAUCGGCCACCAGGAGUUGAUCCUCGAGGCCGUGGAGAAGCUCUGUUCUCUGACGUACGGCAUGGGCGGUGAGAACCUCAAAGGUUUGACGGAGAAGCUGCGCUCCUUUGCCCACACCCUCCAGAUGGGCAUCCAAGGCCGCUGGCGCCACAACAGCUACGACGGGCAGAGCACCACCAGGCUGCCCACCAAAGUUCUGCAAGUUGUGGCGGACCUCAUCUCUUCUGCCAAAGGACUCUUCUGCUUACUGAACAGGUAUCAGUUCUCCCAGCUGAGCGGACACGCAACCAGCAAGAAAGUAUUCAGCCACUGCAAAGAACUCGGGGAGAUUGUGCAAAAGAAAAACACAUCCGUCUAUGAGAAAGAGAAGGACAUCAUCUCUGUGUGUCGUCAGUUGGUGGUGAUAUGCGACGAGAUCUUGAGCUGCAGCUCGGAGAGUCUCCUCACCGACACUGCUCAGCUGGAGAGUGUCGACCUUGUACCUGUGUCACCUGGAGAACAUCUGGGUAUUGAGAUAACAUCCAUUGGCUCCAGCAACCACUAUGUGACCGGAACUGCAACAGAGCCAUCAAGCGAUGUUGCAAAAAUCCUGGCUGGAGAUGAAGUGAUCAAAGUCAACAACCAGAUUGUGGUGGGCUGGAGCAGGGCUAACCUUGUGAAGAAGCUACGAGAGAAUCCCAGUGGGGUCUCUCUGGUCCUAAAGAAGUCUUCCGGGUCGCUGAGCCGCAGGAGUCCAGUCCAGCGGAUCCCCACUACGCAGGACGAAGAGGAAUAUAAGGAGGAGAGUUCAGAGGAAGAGGAAGAAGACAAUCCCCGGCACUCCAUAUUCGAGCGGGUAGCAGCUUCUGUCAGGUCCCUAUCUUUCAGGAGAGCCGUUCAAGGUCCAGAAGCGACUGACGAGCCUAUGGGACAGGAGGAGUCAGAGCUGUCUGCCGACAAGGAGCUUGAAGGCAGGCUCACUCCAGACCAGCAAGACGAUCCAUCUCUACUAUCAUCCUCAGGCGUAUUUGAUAGUUUGGUUGGUCCGAGUAUUUCUCCGGGGCUCAUCAGAAGAAGAGACCGCUCGCCAUCGCCUGGAAGCAUUUCACCCUACGGAUUUUUGGGAAAUUCUUCAUCCCAGGAGUUACGCCAAGACAGAGCUAGUGUCUGUUCCUGUCCUGAAAUGGUGGGACACACGGGAAAUAAAGACACAAAGAAGAGUGCUAAGAAAGGGAUGUCCACAGUCCUCAGUCGACGUCGGGUUUCUUGUCGUGAGCUGGUACUCCCUGACUGCGAUGGCUGGCUGUGGAAGAAGAGAAAGGAGAGUAGUGUCUUCAUCACCCAGAAGUGGCAACGCUUCUGGUUCGUCCUAAAGGGGCCGUGCCUUUACUGGUACAACAGCCAACAGGACGAGAAGGCCGAGGGUUUGGUCAACAUAGCCAGUUACAACAUAGAGAGUGCUGGCGAGCACAAGAGAAAAUAUGUGUUUAAAAUGUGCCACCAACGAUUUCACAACUUCUUCUUCGCCGCGGACAACGUCAGCGAGAUGAGCAAGUGGAUUAACUCUCUCAUCACAGCCAUACAUAAGCACAAGAAGCUUAGCCCAGGUCCAGACAGUGAAGAAGAGUGCUACAGUGAGACUGAAUCAGAGACGGAGAGCUCCCCAUCACCCCGAAGAAGAAAUAAGAAAGUGCAGUCCAGCACUCUGCCUCGCCCCAAACACAAAACCAACAAGGUGCCAUUGUCAAGUCUUGCAACAGGGGGCAGCAAAGGGUCAGCGGCUCCUGAAGACGAAAUGGGCAAGAUGUUGAACAAUAUCAAGGAAGGAGGAGUUUCUCUGAUGGGCCACGAGCAGCCGUUUACACACGACCACUUCAGGAGGUCAUUUAUUCGACGCAACAAGAACCCUAUCAUCAACGAAAAAGCACACACUCUCCGCGCGCUGCAGAGCACCCUUAAGGCUAAAGAAGCAGAAUUGCAACAGCUCAACAAAAUUCUGGAAGGUUCUGCAUUGACGGCCUCAAAGUACCGACAGUGGAAGGAGCAGAACGAGGAGCUCGUUCAAGAAAUCGAGAGACUGGCUGCGCUCGGGGCCUCCAAAGUAGGAGACCACUCUCCUGUGCGGGACACGCCUGCUGAUGAGGUUGCCUUGGAAACGGUUGCCAAGGAAACACCCGACGUAGAGACAAAAGGCGCCUACAGACUGAGCCUCAGCGACGGAGAGCAGCUGGUUGACGCAGAGCCCUCUGAUGUUCUCCUGGAGGUCUCUCAGGGCUCUCUGGCAGCGGUGGCGAGCAGUCCCGAGUUGGAGCUCUCGCUGGGCUCGCUGCAGGAGUCCAUCAACAAACAGCUGAGCGAGAUGCGAGAGAGCGGAGAGGCGUCCGAAACCUACUUCUACAUUUAAGGACUCCAAACAGACAUGGACUUACUGCACAGCUGCAGUAUUAGAGUAGACCACUACGGGACAGCAGGAAGACCGGUUCAAAUCCCACACGUUUUAUUCACAUUUUACUUGUGAAAUAUUUCAUAGGAUUGUCCAUAAAAAGCACCAUUUUUUAGACCUUAACUUGCCCCAGCUCAAGUUUACACCUUGAACAAGUUGCCAAUCGUCAGUAUAAUUCCAGCAUGUCCAUCCAUCCAUUUUUCUACUGCUUGUCCCUUUCUGUGUCACAGGGGGUGCUGGAGCAUGUAUUUAAUUUUAUUCUAGGAAAAUAUGUAAUACAGUAGACCCCCCCCCCAUUAGUUACAGUACAUUCCAAAACCCCCUUGAAUGGCAAAAAAACAACUAAUAAAUAAGAUGUCAUAAAAAUGCUUAUUUUUUACUUAAAAUUUGGUUUUACACACAAAAAAAUAAUUAUAGGAAUGCAAUAUUUACUUACAAAACAUUAAGUCCCUUCUUAAACAUAUUUACGGAAUAUACUUGUAAGACAGUUCCCUCAACUGGAUUCAUUGGCUAUAUCAUUCUUUUCCCCCUGCAGAUAGCGCCAUCAAACCAAUCGCUAAAUAAAUAAAUACUUAUUUACAAUUUACAGGGGAGCGAAUGAGUGGGGAUCUAUUGUAUAGGACAUAUCUUUUAAAAUGUGAUAUGUAAAUACUCUACAUGUGUUUUGUUUAUCAAUACAUGAUUAUUUUUUGCACAGAAAAUGUACAUUUGUUUUAUUGAGAAAAAAUCAUUUCAUUUUAUCCCUUAAAACAAACCUAUAUUUGUUUAUGAACCAUGCAAUGGUUCAGACAGAAAAUAUAUUCUUAGAGUUUUGUAGCAUGAUUAAGUAUUUCUUGAAAAUGUAUGAAAUGUUUCUAUAAAAAAAUAAAGCGCUGACCUCAUUAUUACUGUAAGACUUACUGAAUAAUAAAAACAGAGCAUUACGAUCAUGCAA